GGCUGCUGAGACUCACUGGCAACGUUUGCCCCGGUUUUCCCCUGUUCCACCAUGGAUCGGGAGAAUGGAGAGUCCGGGAAAGGGACGUGGAAAAAGCAAGUCGACGAUAUCAAGAAAAUAUUUGAAUUGAAAGAGAUCCUCGGAACCGGGGCAUUCUCUGAGGUGGUGUUGGCCCAGGAGAGGUCUACAGGAAAGAUGUUUGCUGUGAAGUGUAUCCCCAAGAAGGCCCUGAAGGGGAAAGAGAGCAGCAUCGAGAACGAGAUCAACGUGCUCCGCAAAAUCAAGCAUGAGAACAUAGUAGCUUUGGAAGACAUCUAUGAGAGUUCCAACCACCUCUACCUGAUCAUGCAGCUAGUGUCGGGGGGUGAGUUGUUUGACCGUAUCGUGGAGAAGGGGUUCUACACAGAGAAAGAUGCCAGUACGCUCAUUAGACAAGUGCUAGACGCUGUCGACUACCUCCACAAGUUGGGCAUCGUCCACAGAGACCUGAAGCCAGAGAACCUGCUGUAUUUUAACCCCCAGGACGAGUCUAAGAUCAUGAUCAGUGACUUUGGUCUGUCCAAGAUGGAGGGCAGUGGGGACGUCAUGUCGACCGCGUGCGGCACGAACCAGGGAUACGUGGCUCCAGAGGUUCUUGCUCAGAAGCCCUACAGUAAGGCAGUGGACUGCUGGUCCAUCGGAGUCAUUGCAUACAUCCUGUUGUGUGGCUAUCCUCCAUUCUAUGAUGAAAAUGACUCCAAGCUCUUUGAGCAGAUCCUCAAAGCAGACUACGAGUUUGAUGCACCGUACUGGGACGACAUAUCUGAUUCAGCCAAAGACUUUAUCGGCAGUCUGAUGGAGAAAGACCCGGCGAAGCGCUUCACCUGUGACCAGGCCCUCAGACACCCAUGGAUCGCUGGGGACACAGCCCUCUGCAAGAACAUCCACGAGUCUGUGAGCAGACAGAUCAGAAAAAACUUUGCUAAGAGCAAAUGGAGGCAAGCCUUCAAUGCCACUGCAGUGGUGCGACACAUGAGGAGACUGCAGUUGAGCAGCAGUAUGGGCCACAGCAUGGACAGCUCUCACCCUCACCCUCCUAACAGCCGGGCUGCACAGAUGCAGAACCAAAGGAACCAGGCCAACCAGAACCAGGCCAACCAGACUCCCAACCAGACCCCUAGCCAGAGCUCUACUCAACCCUCUCUAAGUCCAAGCCAGACUCGGAGCCAGAACCCUAAUGCAGCCAUUAUGAAGAGCUUUUCUGUGGACUCACCUCACAAGGACUGUGCCCCAGCUACUCCCACCCCCUGCAGCCUGGCAUCUGCAGCCUCCUCCUCCCCCUCCGGGGGGACGGAGCUCACCCGGCCCCACCCCUCUACUGUUGCCACGGUACUAACAGAGACUAAGUGACGCCAGGUCCCGCGGGGGACCAGCUGGGAGGCUACGGCACUGUGAGAGAGAGAGCGGAGCGAAAACCGCACCCUCCCUUUCCUUACCGUGCCCCUACUACCCCCUCCCAGCCUGCCCCCCGCCCUGCCCCUCCCCCAUGCUGCAUCUGGGAGGACUGGGAGAGCAGAGGACUCUAAACCCAUUACACCAAUAACAACAUGCCAUACUCACCUUGGACACGCCCAUUGUGUCGAUUCUGUUGAACCACACCCACUCCGAGAGCAUUACUGAUUGGUUUACCUUUGAGUGUUUGUUUCUGUCAGAGACCAUGAUGAGUGAAGUGGGUGUGUUUUCAGAAGCUUCUUUCGAAUUGGGUGUUGUCUAUGUCAGUCAAACUCAAUUUCCCUCUAGUUUUUCCUACAUCUUCUAUAAGGUUCUACUUGUGAGUUUUUAAAAUUCUGUUUAUUUUCUAUAUUUCAUCCGCUGGGCUAACAGUUACCAACUGGAUUAUUUUUCAUUUCUAUUUUCUUGCGCUUUUUUUCCAUGUUCAUGUUGAUUUCUCUUAGUUUGCGUCCAUGUUAAAGACGUGCUUUAAAAGUACCAUAAGACUGUUGAGUGAUGUUUCAUGAGUAAGCGCUUUAUCUAUUUGCACAUGAGGUUUGGACGCGGUUUCAGACGUAGAUAAUGUGUGUACAGCCACCAAGUUAGACUCCUCAUCUACGUGAAUUUAUCAGAAAGAGAAUGUAAACUGUAAAAUGCCUAAAAUGGGGUCAGAGCAUUGUACAACAUCUUUGUUAAGGGAAACAUGCACAAUGUUUAAUUAUUGUCUUACUUUAGAAGACUUUCAUAAUGACCAUCCUAUAGGGGACGCAUAUACAGUAUAUUAUGAAACACACUGCAGGUUUAGGAUAGAGUUGGAGAGUGCUGUUAGUUUUAACCAUCACCAGUUACAUGUGGGGUUUCCCACCCUAAAGAUCAGGGGCUACAGGUAGGAAACCAGGCACUUCCAAAUGGACCUCAGAAAAAGUCCAUGUAGAAGAGCAGCCAUUUCUGUAGUGUCGUGUAAGCAUGGGAACCCCUGACCUACAGUAUCAGUUUCCCACGAUCCAAGAUGGUGGAGCUGUUGUCUCUACCCCCAUCCCUUUUACAAAGCCAUGACCUCACCACAAGAGCCAUCAUCAUGAUGACAUCAUCAAUCGGCACCCAGUACACAAGUUCUCAGGGAUUUGGACUGGGUGCCGUGGUGACCCUUGUUGCUGUAGAAACCACUUGCGAGCACAGAUUUGUCUACAGAGUGUCCAGUGGUCUGCCUCUGUUAAAUGCAAGUCCAACGAUCCCUUUAUGUCAUUGUAAUGUCUAGCCAAAGCAGUCUUGAAACAGAGAACAUGAGGACAAACUGAUUUUACCCGAUUAAAAACGGAUGGUUAGCUAUGAGCUAGACCUAUAACCCUGGCCGAUCCCCACUGAGAAAUGGAUUGUUUUGAAACUUAAGGGCUGAACUCUGAUAAUCUGGAGAAAGAUGACCGAAGACGAGAUGUUUUCGAUUUCUCUCCCCCUUGCCUUCUCCUUUCUUCUCUGUCCCAUCCCUCCCCUCCCUCCUUCUUCUUUCUUCUCUGUCCCAUCCCUCCCCUCCCUCCUUCUUCUUUCUUCUCUGUCCCACCCCUCCCCUCUCUCCUUCUCCUUUCUUCUCUGUCCCACCCCUCCCCUCUCUCCUUCUCCUUUUCUCUCUGUCCCACCCCUCCCCUCCCUCCCUCUCUUUUUCUUUCCAGUUUCUUUAAGACCAGUUCACUGUAUACUGUAGAAGUUUCACCCAACACUGGGACUGUUACGCUCAUGACACCAGGGUCCCCUAACCAGACAAUGGCCAGACACAGCAUGCAUAUAGCCUACAUUUAGGGGUCAUAAUGCAGUAUUAUUACCUGGCUUCGUGGUGCCGGGUCAACCAUCAUUAAGAGUGAUGUCAUGGACUGGAUUCUUUUAGGGGGUGGGUAGACUUUACUUUAGGGGUCUGUUUUUGUUUAUUUAUUUAUUUUUUAUCGAGGCAAACAUUUUUUUCUGAUAUGAAUGAAUAUAUUUGUUGAAAACGUCUUGUAAAUAAAUUGUGAAUAUGAAUGAUAAUUUUUAAGAUAACCUUUGCGAAUUUUGUGCAGUGCCGGCGUGUGUGUGGGGGGGUUGAUUGUAUUUUCUUUGGAAUGUUUAAUGUGUUUUAAAUGAGCUACAGCCCCCCCCUCACCCCUCCAUCCCACACCAUACUGGGCUUUGAUACCACGAUAUUCAGAGCAUACUGUACCAAACACUCAGUAACUGCCAUCUACAGAGUUACCAUGGAGAUAACGCCAUCCGCAUUCUAAACAAUAUCUGAUCAACAAACAAAAAAAUGUAAAAGUAAACUCAGGCUUUAGUUUGCAAUGUGUGUAAACGUUGAAGCUUUGACUGAUACGACAUCCACUGUUAUGGAGCUGUGCUUUUUUUAAUGUAUUUUUUUUAUACACGUAUCUGCCUAAGUCAUCGGUCGUCCACUUUUCCCCCUUUCUCACUGACACUACGGCAACAGGCAUCACAACACACCUAAACACAUGCCCAUGAUCAACUGUCAUGAGAAAAAAAAAUCCCACAAUGCAUCACAAGGUUUUUCUGAAGAUGAAAUGCAAAGCAUGUUGAGAAGUGCUUAAAGAAAUCCACCUCCACAAGUGUUUGCAUUAACUUUAUAUGCCAUUGUAUGAUGUUUGUAUCUGUAUCUAAAGAAGAAGAUCAAUGUGUCCAUAGAGAGCAGAGUAUUGUUGGGGACCACUGCAUCUCCCUGUGGGUUCCUGUGAGGUCCAGAGCCCGGGGAAUGGGCCUUAUUUACUCUGCAUGUGACCAAAACAAACGUCCAUCUUGUGUGGCGGUCUCUCACUAACGACUCCUGGUAGAUGUCCCCUUUAACCACAGAUCUAGGAUCAGAAAACUCUCCCUUAAUCUAAACCUUAACCGUUAGAUACUAACAUAAACAUAGAUCUCGGAUCAAAAUAGCUUCCCUAAAUCUGAACCUUAAUCAAUAGAUACUUACAACCGUAGAUCUAGGAUCAGAAUAACCUCCUUUGAUCUGAACCUAAGCCAUUAGGGGGAUGAGAAAAUAUCUGACCUUGUAUCAGUGGUAAGGGGCAACUUUCGUCCUACUUCGUUAAGCAGACACCUCCUUCCAUUUUGUGUGGCAGAGUGAGUUGCCCUGCCACUCUUACUGUGCUGUGAUGACCUUCUGUUAUGGGGCUUGUAUAUCCGAUGCCUUCGACAAUCAUGUGCACAUAUCAGUUACCAUGACGAUGACAGAAGCCAGAAUGACUGAGUUGGGUUUUUUCUCUCCUGAAAUAAAUCCUGAACGAUCAUAAAG